CUUCCCACUCUCUCUGGCUCCUGUCUCGGCCGCCGCAUUUCCCUUUUCAUCCUGUCGCCUUCUCUGCCUCUUAUCCUUUCUCGCUCUGCUGCUCUGCGGUGUGACGAGGCCGAAUCCUCUCCCCACCUAGCCCGCGCCUUUCUUCUUUUACCCGCGCGGUUCCAUUUCUCUCCGGCCGCCGCCGCCACUGCUGCCCAGCUGGUGUCGGUGCCGCGCUUUUCCCUCACGUCGUCCCCGCAGCCUAUGGCCCAGGCCGCCUUGGGUAUUUCUGCUCAAGGUAACCACAUCCCUCUUUAAAAAUUCCGCCGAAAAAGAGAAGACGCUUUACCCGACUCUUUGGGCCGUUAUCUCACGGCGAACUUUCUGACCAAGUAUACAACUACCCAGAGGGCCUAGGAGAAGUGCUGUACAGGGAGCAGUUCGACUUCAACGCUGAGCCACCUUGGGAACCUAGCUGAUGAUAGGGGGGUUCCAUCUCCUAACUUGUCCAUGGAGGUCUUCACUUCAGAAAUCCAAGACUCAUAUUCAUCCAGCUUGGUGUCAAGUGGGCUGUUGCUGCCAGAAUUAUCUUGUGAUUAUUUGAGAGAUGUAUCAGUUUCUUCUGAAGUACAAUCAACUGUAGAAGCCUUUGUAGCAGUUUGUUGCAUAUUCUAAGGACCCAGACAUAGGCUUGGUGGCCCAUCUCUUGUUUUUCCUGGUUUAUGACUUUCGGCUUUGUGGAAUACGGCUGAGAUGAAAGGAUUUAUUGACGAUGCAAACUACUCCGUUGGCCUGUUGGAUGAAGGAACAAACCUUGGAAAUGUUAUUGAUAACUAUGUUUAUGAACAUACCCUGACAGGGAAAAAUGCCUUUUUUGUGGGAGAUCUUGGAAAGAUUGUAAAGAAACACAGUCAGUGGCAGAAUAUAGUGGCUCAGAUAAAGCCAUUCUACACAGUGAAGUGCAACUCUACUCCAGCUGUACUUGAGAUUUUGGCAGCUCUUGGAACUGGAUUUGCUUGUUCCAGUAAGAAUGAAAUGGCUUUAGUGCAGGAAUUGGGCGUAUCUCCAGAAAACAUUAUUUACAUAAGUCCUUGCAAGCAAGUGUCUCAGAUAAAGUAUGCAGCAAAAGUUGGAGUUAAUAUCAUGACAUGCGACAAUGAAAUUGAAUUGAAGAAGAUUGCACGUAGUCACCCAAAUGCCAAGGUCUUACUACAUAUUGCAACAGAAGAUAAUAUUGGAGGUGAAGAGGGUAAUAUGAAGUUUGGCACUACAAUGAAGAACUGUAGGCAUCUCUUGGAAUGUGCCAAGGAACUUGAUGUCCAAAUAAUUGGGGUUAAAUUUCAUGUUUCGAGUGCUUGCAAAGAAUCUCAAGUAUAUGUACAUGCUCUAUCCGAUGCUCGAUGUGUAUUUGACAUGGCUGGAGAAUUCGGCUUUAAAAUGAACAUAUUAGACAUUGGUGGAGGCUUCACAGGAACUGAAUUUCAAUUGGAAGAGGUUAAUCAUGUUAUCAGCCCUCUAUUGGAUAUCUAUUUUCCUGAAGGAUCUGGCAUUAAGAUAAUUUCAGAACCUGGAAGCUACUAUGUGUCUUCUGCAUUUACACUUGCAGUUAAUAUCAUUGCAAAGAAAGUUGUUGAAAAUGAAAAAUUUUCCUCUGGAGUAGAAAAAACCGGAAGUGAUGAACCAGCCUUCAUGUAUUACAUGAAUGAUGGUGUUUAUGGUUCUUUUGCAAGUAAACUGUCUGAGGACUUAAAUACCCUUCCAGAGGUUCACAAGAAAUACAAGGAAGAUGAGCCUCUAUUUACAAGCAGCCUUUGGGGUCCAUCCUGUGAUGAGCUUGAUCAGAUUGUGGAAAGCUGUCUUCUUCCUGAGCUGAAUGUGGGAGAUUGGCUUAUCUUUGAUAACAUGGGAGCAGAUUCUUUCCAUGAACCAUCUGCUUUUAAUGAUUUUCAGAGGCCAGCUAUUUAUUACAUGAUGUCAUUCAGUGAUUGGUAUGAGAUGCAAGAUGCUGGAAUUACUUCCGACACAAUGAUGAAGAACUUCUUUUUUGUGCCUUCUUGCAUUCAGCUGAGCCAAGAAGACAGCUUUUCCACUGAAGCUUAAACAGGCAUUAACGCUUCUUUAGAUCUGAAGUUGCAGGUUAAACUUGUCUGGUCUACAUUCCAGUGUGAGGAAAAAAAUUCAAGCAAUCUUAUUCUGUUAACUCUUUUGGAAAUAAAAACUAUUAGUAAUAGCUAUUUGGGACCAGACAAAAUCAGCUUUUAUCUAUAAUUCAUUGGGGGUUAUGGCAGAUUUAGAUAAUGUAUCCAGAUUUAAACUUACGAGUUUGUCCUACCCCUUAAGUGUUUAAAAUAAAAUAUGCAACAAAAUGGAUGACUUAGUGGAGAUGGAAGCCCAUUAAUUGGGUUCCCCAUUAAACCGUUUACAUACAAGUACACAGUUUUUAUACUAAGGAUUCGUGUUUAAAAGUCUUGUAAAGUUAAUGUCUUUCACCCAGAUAUAUCAAAUGUCAGUGGAAGACUAGUGUGACUUCAUUAGAUACGUUUAGUGUAUUUAGAAUGUGUAAAUUUGUGCUUUGAACUGUAGUUUAAUAAAUGUAAAAUUGCAUCAUAGUAUUUGUUGUAUUUGACCUAAUGUAACCCUUGUAUGAUUGCAAUAAAAUUUUGUGUAGAUUUUACUGUUUUUUUUUUUUUUUUUCAGGCUAAAACUUUGGGAAAGGGGCUAACUUGCAAAGGUAGUUUUGAAAUAGAUGUGUAUAUGAACUGUUUUUGAAGGUUGUUUUUUCUUUUGUAGCCCAUUUAAGUUUAGUUUGGCUCAGUACAUUUUUCAGUUAUUUAAUUAGUAAUUUAAGUAAAGUGUUUGGUAAGUCAUUGUGAAGUUGAGAUUCAUUAUGGAGAAUUGAUGUGCAGUAAGCAUGAUUUUUAACACCAAAAAUGUUAAUGCAUAAACCAAUUGUAAUAAUUAAUAGGUGUUUCUGUAUAGAUAGAAUGCAUAGAGUACCUUAGUAAAUCUUUGAAUCACAAGUCUUUUGGCUGAAAUAGAAGAUUCUGUUAAAUACUUUGAGUAAACUUGGGGGGAGGGCAGUAAAAUUGCAGAAAACUGCAGAGCACUAAAACCUAAAGAAGGGCUACAUCUAUAUACAGAAACCUUGAUGCUCUUUUGCACGGAAUAUUUAAAUUCAGAGUUGGGGGAGGGGUUGGGGUGAAGCACAUUUUUCUUCAGUUUCUCAAUUGCAGUGAUUUCAAGUUCAGGAUUUUUUUGUUAGUUUGAACUAUUCCCUUAGUUUCUUGUUAUUUCCCACUUGUUCAUCUUAGUAAUUACAUUUAAUGCUUUUCAUACUAAAAUUUUAUGGUGUUAGGGAAGGGAGUUCAUGUCAUUAACCUGACAGUUGUUGCCAGGAAUUUGCUUUGUUCACUGCUAGUAUAUUAGUAAUCGUAGAUCUCAGAAUCACAAUAAUAGUAAACAACAGGGGUCAUUUUUUCCUAACUUACUCUAUGUUCAGAUGUGGAAUUUCUGUCUCCCAAGAGGAAAUGUGACUUCACUUUGGUGCCAAUGGACAGAAAAUUCUACCUGUACUACAUAGGAGAAGUUUGGAAUGCACUUAAUAGCUGGUUUUUACACCUUGAUUUCAAGGUGGAGAGAAAUUGAUCAUGAAUCUCAGAUUUUAAUCUCUUAAACCAGUAGUAGGUGCUUAAUAUUUUUUGAUUUGAUUAAUGCCCAUUUGAAUUUCAUGGAUUCUAUUAAAAACAAGACCCCAAUCCAUUGUCAUCUAAUUGCCCUUGGACUUUUUCAAGGUAUAAUAUGGGGUUUUAUGCAAAAUUCCAAACUACCAUGCAAUUUCUUUUUAAAAAUCAUAAUAAGGAGGAGGAAUUGUUCCUUACCUUCUUUAUAUGUUGUGCGAUGUCCAGAAAUGCCAAACCUUUUUAAAGAUGGUACAACUUUGAGUCCUUCACUUGACUGUACAGGCUUGAGUUCCAUGGCAUAUCAAUUUUGCCAUAUCCAUAGGGGAGCUGUUCUGUGUGAUACAGCUCACAGUUGCAAAUGUGAAUGAUAAUGGUAACUUUAAGAAAUGUCUGUAUUGUAUUUUAAGACUGUUUGCCAUAAAUCUGAAGUUUGAACCUAUGUAUUUCAAUUUGGUAUGCUAAAAAAGUACUGAAGUAAUGUAAAAGCAAUUUUUUUACAAUACUGUAUUCUCAAUUCAAAAUUUAACUGAAAAUAUAAAACCCAAGUGAUUUCUAUAUAGUAACUUGAACUGUAAGGUAACUUGUGUGUGAUUCUGAAUACACAGAUAAAAUGUUUUUAUUCCUCCUCAUGUUUUACUUUUAUGGCUUCUAUCGUGAAAUAGGGGUGAAAUUUUACGUAUUAACUUUGCACAUAUUAACUUGCAAGCAUUCUUUCAGAAUCGUAUUUAUUACAGGGUAAAUUGAAUCUGGUAAAAUGGUGCUGGGAAUUAUAUGGUACAAUGAAGGUUUUGAUAAAAGGUCAGCAUAUAUGUGAGUACUAAGAUAUUUCUAGGGCCACCUUUUCUAGACACAUUAAUUCAGCAGCCUCUUAACAAUUUUAAACUUGGACUAAAUGAAGUAAUAGAUCUAUAUAAAUUAAGCUACAUGUUAUUCCAAGUAAAUGUGGACCCUGAUACCAUUCAAUACAAAUAUGUUAGAAAAGCCUCACUCUGUUCAUUCCCUUUUUUCUCCCUUGUUUUUAAGAGUAUAUUUAGUUGUUAACUUGUGUUUUAAGUCUUCUGAACUCUGCUGAAAUGAAAAUCAUCUCUUUUUGUUUUUUGAACACUUUUGUUAACUGGCUGACUUGAUAGGAAACCCUUUCUUAUUCAGUAUUUUUCCAGAAGGAACAAUAAAUUUAAAGAUUCACUUUGUAAUUUAGACAAUGCAGUAGUAUGGGGCUGUUAGUUGAAGGUGUAGAUUUUGAUUCCAGUCCAACUGAUUCAAAUACUGCCUCUGCCACUUACUUUCCUGCGUGAACAUAGGCUAGUCACCUAAACUUUCUGUGCUUCAGUUUUUCCAAAUGGAAAAUGGUGGUAUUAGAAAUACCAACUUCAUAAGGUUGUAAGGAUAUAACAGUUGUAAGGUGCUUAGCACAGUUCCUGGCACACGGUAAGAGUUCAAUAAACAUCAAAUCUAUAUUCUUUUGGA